AUGGUGCUAGGAAUGUGGUGGUGCACAUCAUCGGACGAAUUUGUGUACAAAAUUGGAUGGAAUCGUUAUAACCCUGAUCUGCUCACUGGCCGUCGUCGACCCACAAAGCGCCAAAUGCUCCAGGUCCUAAUGACGAUUUUUGAUCCUCUUGGGUUAAUCGCACACUUUCUCAUGUAUUUGAAAGUCCUUUUACAAGAAGUCUGGCGUGCAAACGUACAAUGGGAUGAAGAAAUUCCCAAUCCCUUGUUCGAGAAAUGGAGAACAUGGCUACUAGUCUUGCCUAAGGUAGAAAGCGUUAGAAUCCCACGGUGUCUUCGUACUUCGACGAUUCCCAGCGACUGCGAAGUACAACUGCAUCUUUUCGUAGAUGCAAGCGAAAAUGGAAUAGCCGCCGCUUCGUUUCUACGAUUUGAACGCGAAGGCCGUGUCUGCUGCUCUUUAGUUGCCGCAAAAACCAGGGUAGCUCCUUUGAGGUAUCACUCCAUCCCGCGACUAGAAUUGCAGGCCGCCCUUAUAGGAGCUAGACUAGCACGAACAGUAACACAAUCCCUUUCAACUCAGGAUCAUUGCAAAUCCUACUGGACUGACUCUCGCGAUGUCCUCAGCUGGAUUAACUCAGACCACCGUCGUUAUAGCACGUUUGUGGCGUGUCGAGUUAGCGAAAUUCUCGACCUCACAGAAGCACCUGAUUGGCGUUGGGUGCCGUCCAAACUGAAUGUAGCAGAUGACGGCACCAAGUGGGAGACGGAGCCAAAUAUGACCCAAGAAUCCAGAUGGUUUAGAGGCCCAGAAUUUCUCUACCUCAGUGAAAAGGAAUGGCCCAAGGAUUCCUCGAAGUCAACGCAUACAGACAAUGAACUGCGACCUUCUUUCAUGGCACAUCAUUACUCCCCUAAAACCACCCUCGUUAUCUCAGCCUUUCUGGGCUGGAGUGGGCUACGCAAUGCGGUAGCUUACGCCCAGCGCUUUAUCGCAAACUGCAAACGCAAGCAAAAUAAAAAGCCCAAAUUAAAAGGGCCACUGUCCAGAGAUGAACUCUACGCAGCUGAAGGUUUUCUGUUCCGUUUAGCUCAGCAAGAAGGUUACACCGAUGAGAUGAUCAUACUAACCAAUAAUCGCAGUGACCAAACAAAGACACUCCCGAGAAGCAGCCCACUUUAUAAAUUGUCACCAUGGAUUGACGAUCGCGGAGUGAUGCGGAUGCGCAGUCGAAUAUCCGCCUGUCACUAUGCCACCGAAGAAACUAAGAGCCCAGUAAUUCUCCCGAAACACCCUGUGACCACCCUGAUAAUUACCCACUAUCAUGAAAAAUUUCACCAUCAGAACCACGCAGCCAUAGUGAACGAACUGCGUCAACGAUUCGUGAUUCCUCGCAUUCGCGUUCAGUAUACGGCUGCAAGAAAGAGCUGCCAGCGAUGUAAAAAUGAAUCCGCGAUCCCCCAACCUCCAAUCAUGGCAGACCUUCCAGAGGAACGACUUGCUGCCUACACACUGCCCUUCACCCACGUUGGGGUGGACUACUUUGGUCCCAUGGAAGUUGUAAUCGGAAGAAGAGCGGAGAAGAGGUGGGGAAUGAUCGUUGUGUGUCAAACAACACGAGCAAUCCACAUUGAGUUAGUGAACUCGCUGAGCACCGAUUCGUGCAUAAUCGCGCUGCGAAACUUUAUGAGCCGACGCGGAACUCCCAGGACCAUUCGGAGCGACCGGGGAACCAACUUUAUUGGUGCAAGUCGAGAACUCAAAAAGCUGUAUGAGACAGUUGAUUACGACAAGGUCAUUAAAAAAUUCGUAACCGCCGAGACUAGUUGGCAUUUCAAUCCGCCUCUGGCUGCUCAUAUGGGUGGUAGUUGGGAGCGCCUAAUUCGAAGUGUGAAGAAAAACCUGACUGCCAUUUCCCCUUCACGGAAACUGUCCGAAGAAGUACUGAGAAGCCUGCUCAUGGAAGUCGAAAUGACGCUUAACUCUCGACCGCUUACGUAUGUGCCAAUCGACAAUGAAUCGUCACCCGCACUUACGCCCAACCAUUUUCUGUUGGGUUCCUCCGACGGCACGAAGCCAUUCACCUUAUUGGAUGACAGCGGAGUUUUCCUCAAGCAAAACUGGCGUACAUCUCAAGCAUUGGCCAACCAGUUCUGGAAGCGCUGGUUAUCCGACUACCUACCUGAAAUUACCAAACGGACAAAAUGGUACGUCGAUUCGAAGCCGAUUGCUCUAGACGACGUGGUGGUUAUCGUAGAUCCCAACCUGCCUAGAAACUGUUGGCCGAAAGGUAGGGUCAUUGCUACACACCCUAGCAAAGACGGUCGUAUCCGAUCAGCUACAGUAAAAACAAGAAGUGGCAUCUAUAAUCGACCCGUGACUAAACUGGCGGUUCUGGACGUUCGAUGCGGAGAGGAGCAAACCUACCAGAGGAAUGGUUUACCCGGGGGGAGUGUUGGCCAUCCCUAGCUGGCCGCGCACUCACGAUCCAGUGUGCCCCUCGAUUGAUCGAGCGAGAUCGAUUUAACACGAUCGCUUGUGACGGAUGACUGACAAGACGGUAGGUCUGUCAUCGGCUGGGUAAGUGACAAUAGAGAGUAACAAUCUAAAAGCCGAUAUAACGUGUGCUUGCAGCUCUACCACGAAAUAUAUUGUUCUUACUAUUACUAUUACUAAUACUAUUACCUAAAUACUUGCGUGAAAUUAAACAUCUAAAUACUUAAAACUAAUUAGAUUAAACUUACCUAAGUGCUUAUAGAGAUAGCCAACCUUAAACAUAACCUAGAAGAAUCUCUGUUAUCUGAUUCUAAAAAUACGGUUAAAAUUAUAAGAGGGACUAAACGUGAGUACAACUAAACUUAAUAGCCUAAUGAUCACCUUAUUAAAAAUUAAAAUCUUCACCAAUAAACAUCAGAUAGAAAUAAAAUGAAAACUUAUGUAGAUUUAGGUUAUACACGAUACACAGUUAAACAGAUUUAAAUAGGCAACAAUGUACUACAAUAU